CGCGCCCUUCGCCCUCUCCCCUUCCUCGGCGGGCGGCGCGGCGCGGCCGGAGGGGCGGCGCUUUCUGCGGCCGCCCCGGCUGGGGGGGAUGUGAGGGGCGGCCCACGGCCAUGGAGACGGGCCCGGCGCCCCUGGUGGCCCCGCCGCGCCGUCAUGGCUCACCCGCGGCUGCCGCGGCCCCCUCGCCGCCGCCCCGCGGCUCCCGGGCCGGGCCCGUCGUUUUGGUGGCUCCGGGCCCGCCAGUGACCACGGCCACUUCGGUCCCGGUCAACCUGGUGGCCCCCGGGGAGGCGCGGCCCGCCUGCGUCCCGGUGCCGGCCCAGACCUCGGCCCCAGCCCCUGCGCCGACGGGCGCUGCUGGCGUCGACGGGCUGCCGACCCCGGAGGCCUCCCCUGAAGCCCCGACGGCGCAGAUCGGCCCCGGUCCGGAGCCCCGGGUGCCUGCGGCAGUGGCAGGAGCGGAGAGGGCGAUGACUCCGGCCCCAGGGGCGGACCCUCCGAAGACGAUGGAGCCCAGGACCUCAUCUCCUCCUGGACCAGACACCCCGACCGGAACCCCCACCAGGACCCCUUCUCGAACGGCUCCUGGGCCCCUGACGUCCAAACCCCCGCUCGCUCCCAAGCCGGGAACCACAGUGGCCUCAGGAGCGACUGCACGGGUUGCACCGGUGACAGCAGGACAGGUGACCAGUGGACAUGGAACUGCAUCCGCAACAUCAGCAUCAGCAGGACAGGCGCCCGCGGACCCCACGGGGGCAGGCCCAGGCCCAGGCCCUGGCCCUGCAGGGACAUGUGAGCCGCCGGUAGCUGUUGUGACGGUGACCCCAGCCCCGGAGCCUGCCGAUCACGCCCAGGACCUGGGUUCCACGUCCAGCCUGGGGCCUGGCAUCUCUGGGCCUCGGGGGCAGGCCCCGGACACCCUGAGCUACUUGGACUCAGUGAGCCUCAUGUCGGGGACCUUGGAGUCCUUGGCCGAUGAUGUGAGCUCCAUGGGCUCGGACUCGGAGAUAAACGGGCUGGCUUUGCGCAAGACCGACAAGUAUGGCUUCCUUGGGGGCAACCAGUAUUCAGGCAGCCAAGAGAGUUCCAUUCCCGUGGAUGUGGCUCGGCAGCGGGAACUCAAAUGGCUGGAGAUGUUCAGUAACUGGGAUAAGUGGCUGUCGCGACGUUUUCAAAAGGUGAAGUUACGCUGUCGGAAGGGUGUCCCCUCCUCCCUCAGAGCCAAGGCCUGGCAAUACCUGUCCAAUAGCAAGGAACUCCUGGAGCAGAACCCCGGCAAGUUUGAGGAACUGGAACGAGCUCCUGGGGACCCCAAGUGGCUCGAUGUGAUUGAGAAGGACUUGCACCGCCAGUUUCCGUUCCACGAGAUGUUCGCAGCUCGAGGGGGACAUGGGCAGCAGGACCUGUACCGCAUCCUGAAGGCCUACACCAUCUACCGACCCGACGAGGGCUACUGCCAGGCCCAGGCCCCUGUGGCCGCAGUGCUGCUUAUGCAUAUGCCCGCGGAGCAAGCCUUUUGGUGCCUGGUGCAGAUCUGUGACAAGUACCUCCCCGGUUACUACAGUGCAGGGCUGGAGGCCAUUCAGUUGGAUGGAGAAAUCUUUUUUGCGCUGCUGCGCCGGGCCUCCCCGCUGGCACACCGGCAUCUGCGGCGACAGCGGAUCGACCCCGUGCUCUACAUGACGGAGUGGUUCAUGUGCAUCUUCGCCCGCACCCUGCCUUGGGCCUCAGUGCUGCGUGUCUGGGACAUGUUCUUCUGUGAAGGCGUGAAGAUCAUCUUCCGGGUUGCCCUGGUACUGCUGCGGCACACGCUGGGCUCCGUGGAUAAGCUGCGUGCCUGCCAAGGCAUGUACGAGACCAUGGAGCAGUUGCGCAAUCUUCCCCAGCAGUGUAUGCAGGAAGACUUCCUGGUGCACGAGGUGACCAACCUUCCAGUAACAGAAGCCCUGAUUGAGCGAGAGAAUGCAGCCCAGCUCAAGAAGUGGCGGGAAACCCGGGGAGAGCUACAGUAUCGGCCAUCAAGGCGAUUGCAUGGCUCCCGGGCCAUCCAUGAGGAGCGCCGGCGGCAGCAGCCACCCCUGGGCCCCUCCUCCAGCCUCCUCAGCCUCCCGGGCCUCAAGAGUCGAGGCUCCCGAGCAGCUGGGGGGGCCUCUCCCCCCCCUCCUGCCCGAAGGGCCAGUGCUGGGCCUGCCCCAGGGCCUGUGGUCACUGCAGAGGGACUGCAUCCAUCCCUUCCUUCACCUACUGGCAACAGCACCCCUCUGGGCUCCAGCAAGGAAAUCCGGAAGCUGGAGAAGGAGCGGCAGAAACAGGAAAAAGAACGGGAGAAGGAGCGGCAGAAGCAGGAGAAAGAGCGGGAGAAACAGGAGAAGGAGCGGCAGAAGUGGGAAAAAGAGCAGGAGAAGGAACAGCAAAAGCUGGAGAAGGAGCGGCAGAAGCAGGAGAAGAAGGCCCAAGGCAGGAAGCUCUCACUGCGCCGGAAGGCAGAUGGGCCCCCCGCACCCACAGAGGGCGGGGACAGGGCCUCAGCAUCUGAGACCCGCCAGGAUGCUUACUUCUGACUGCAUGGCCCUCCUCCUCUUCCCUCGGCCAAGGAGCAGGCCUGGCCAGGUGCUGGCCCCGGCCCCCAGCAGGCUGACCCUUUCUGAAGAAAGCGGCUUGACUUCCAUCUCCUAGCCAGCCAGGACAGUCGGAGUGCAUGGGGCAGUGGGAACAACAGCAGGGGUCUCACUCCUGUCCCAGUUCCCACGGGGCCCCUUCCCAGGUACUGUCCUGGUUGGCCUUCUGUCACCGUAGUGGUGAUGUGGCCCUGGCAGUCAGCAUUUUUCAGAUUCUUACACUCCGUCGCCCCCUUCCCCGUGAAGCGGACGGAGCUGGGUUCCUUUUUCUCUGCAGUCCUGCCUGUCUGCCUCCCUCCUGGCUGGGAGCCAGGUUCUCACUACUUUGGGACAUCUCUGUGUUGUAAUUAUGUACAGAGGACCUGCUUGGCCCCAGGGCGGGGCAGGGCGGGGUGGGGGCUCUAACUUCUGCCCUCUGGUUCUCCUUCCACAGUGUUCUUACCUAGUUUAUUUAAGGGGACAUGCACUGGAACAAGGACUGUCCCUCUCGUCCCUACACACCAACCUCGCUCUUCUUCCUGUCCACGCACCUUCCUCUGUAUUCUCAGGCUUCUGCUUUGUCUCACCAGCAACCCCGCCUUUCACCUAUUCCCUAGCAACCCUCCUCCAGCCCCUCUCUGGGCAAGGGGUCAUCCCUUGAGCUAUAGGGGUGGAACCCAAUGUUUACAUUCUCUUCUGUCUCUGCUCCCACCCCAUGCGGCGCUUUGAGGAACCAGAACCGGAAAAAAACCUGCUGUUAUACCUGG